AUGGUUAUCGCCACUCUCACAAUCAACCCAGAAGGGGCCGAGUCAGCCCCAAAGCGACGAUGGGAACAACGCGUCGACAUGCACAUGUCGGAAUUCAAGCUCAGUAUGAGCAGCGGGGACCACAGCUACUUCAAUUCACUCCGCCUCCAACAUGCCCUGAGCCAAGUCGACCAUUCUGCCGUUCUUGCCGCUGCCGCGCCUCAAGCCGGUGACGAUGUCAACAAAACACUCUGUUAA